UUACGACUCUAACCCCGUGAUCCCUGAUUUUUUUAUAAAUGCACCAGGGAGCGGGGAAAGGUUUCCAGAGAGAGGAAAAAAAAAAUUAUAUAUCUCAGCCCCUGAAAAAAAAAAUAAAAAUAAUAAUAAAAAAAAAUAGAUAUAAAAGUCAGGGAGCAGCCAGAAGUUCGGGAAAGGCUCCUGAUGCUUCUUUCCUGGCAGUGAUUCCACGGCAAAUCCUUCCCAUCCCAAGAUCCAGGAGAAGCAGCAGGAUUCCAGGCACUUGCAGAGCUCACGUGGCCUCAGGAAUGUUUGGGGACAUUUUUCCAUCCUGGGAAUGUGGGAAAAGCCCCACGGGAGAUCCUUGGUGGGAUUUUGGAGAGGUGAGGCCAGCGCCAUGUCCCACCCCAGGCUGCUGCUGCUGCUCGUCCUGCUGGGAGCCACCAGCACCAGCCGCGCCCUGAGCCUCUCCAGCGCCGCCUCCAUCCUCAGCUGCCUCAAGGCCGCGCUGGCGGAAGCGCAGCGGAUCCACCUCCAGGAAAACGCCGCGCUGGACAAGCGCCAGUCGCCGUCCCUGGAGGAGGCGUCCGAGGAGGAGGACGGGGAGGAGGAAGAGCUGGGGAAAAGGACAUUCCCAGGGGAUGGCCACUCCAAACAUGUGUCCCAGGGGAAGGCCAAGAGCCACCAGAACCGGGCCAAGAGCGACCGGCGCGCCAAGGUGACGCUGUCGCUCGACGUCCCCACCAACAUCAUGAACAUCCUCUUCAACAUCGCCAAGGCCAAGAACCUGCGGGCCAAGGCGGCGGCCAACGCGCACCUGAUGGCGCAGAUCGGCCGCAGGAAGUGACCGGAGGGGGCAGCGGGCCGGGAGCGC